UCUAUUGAUUUUUUAUUGUUUCAUACAGAUUACUUUAAGGAGACGAUGUCACAAUAGCAGCACAGCAACCACCAGUACUCCAGCCUUUCCUGGGUCCAUGGAGACCCAAGGUUCUGUGUCAGUACAGAGAGACCGGGUGGAGUAGAACCGCGCAGCUUAAACAGAGCCAAUGGAAAAGUGUCAUUUAAAGAAAGCUGGCGACAUUUAUAGUCUCGUGUCUUCCGGUUUUAGCCACUUCCUGUCAGACUGAGGCCGCGGGUCGGUAUGGAUUCUAGGACCCCCGUCCCCAUCUUCUCCACAUCCGCCCCUGUUCGGUUCACCCUUACAGGUCAGAGCACAUGCGCAGAGCGGGGUGUCCGGUGUCAAACCAAGCAGCUGUUGAGUUCGUUCAGGGCAGAACCGAGCCAGCACGUGCAUAAAACCCACAUUAUCCGAACGGAUCUUGUCCGAAAGAGAACCGGUUUUCAGCCGGAACAGAUACCCAGAGUCCGAUCCGGAACCAACAGGAAAGCUAACCGAGCUAACUGAGCCGAAUCGUCUGCUGACCGACAGGCAGCGGUCCGGUCCCGUCCGGACCUGAGGAUCAGUGGCCCGUCUCCGCAUUUAAGAUCCUGUUCGUCCUGGUGCUCAGCCAUCGGAACGGUUCUGUCUGUGAACCGACUCGGCUCGACAGGAACCGGACAUGCUGAUAGCUGCUGUCAGAAGCUCCGCCCCCACAAGCAAGAAACGACGGCGAGGCAAAAAACACAGGAGAGUCCGAGCUGACGACAGCCGGCCUGAAGAGGUCUCUGAUUCUCUGAUGACUGAUGGUAGUCCCCUCCAAAUACCACUGCAGAAUGACCCCCACAAAGACCGGCUUCCCUCAGAAAGUCCUAAAAACACAGCCGAAAGGGAAGGUCCAGAAGGUCUACCACAGCCGAGCACAUUACCCCCCAAGAUACCCAUCCAAAGUCCAGUACCUUUCCUCCAAGGUCCCCAGCAGUCCCUUAGUUUCCAGAUUCCAAACCAUAACACCCAGAGCCACCACCAGACAACUAAGUCACCUCAUUCAGCUUGUUCCCAACGUCCUCAGGAGUCAGCAGAGUCACUUAGUUCCCAGACUCCAAACAUGAUCACCCAACCACAGCUUCCCCCGAGCCCCCACCAGAUAACCCAGCCAUUGUGUCCCCAGACCCUAAACCAGACACCACCCACUCCAGACAUCAAUAAUGCCUCUGUAGAAACUAUAAUGGCCCCUGAAAUUACUCUCAGCAACUGCCUGUGUCCCAACCAAUCACCUCCUGCCACAUUAGAAAGUCUUAACCAAAGUCUCAGCAAAUCACCACCAAAUGUUAACAACAUAACCGAGAAUGCCUUUCCCAAUGCAACUGCACAUGGUCUAACUGAGUUCUUCCAAGCAGCUCCAACCUCACCUCACAGCAUUAUCUCUGAAUCUAUAGCAUUAUUUGCAACUAACCCUGUCGAAGCUCCUCCUACUGUUGCGUUAAGCACCGCCCACUCAGACCCCUUUCUCCUGACCUCAGUAACUUUCACUUCCAGUGUCUCUUCCCACCCUUUGUGCUCCUCCUCUGCUUCUCUUCUCUGCUCUUUGGAGUCUCCAUUCAGCUUUGCUUCCAUGACGUCCUCUGCCACAUCACAGUUGACUAUGCCCCCUCCAGAUCAGAGCCCACCUCCUUUAGAAUUAACCCCGCCUCCUGCUCAGUUGCUUGGCUCUGAUGAUGAAGAGCAGGAAGACUCUUCAGAUUAUUGUAAAGGUGGUUACUAUCCAGUAAAGAUCGGUGACCUGUUCAACGGGCGGUACCAUGUGGUCAGGAAACUGGGCUGGGGACACUUUUCUACAGUGUGGCUCUGCUGGGACCUGCAGAAGAAGCGUUUUGUGGCCAUGAAGGUGGUCAAGAGUGCUCCUCAUUAUACUGAGACGGCUCUGGAUGAAAUCAAACUGCUCCGAUGUGUGAGGGACAGUGACCCCUCUGACCCGUACAGAGAAACCAUCGUCCAGCUCAUCGAUGACUUCAAGAUCUCUGGAAUCAAUGGAGUUCAUGUCUGCAUGGUUCUGGAGGUAUUGGGUCAUCAGUUAUUAAAAUGGAUCAUUAAAUCAAACUAUAUGGGACUUCCUCUGGUCUGUGUCAAGACCAUCAUCCGACAGGUGCUGCAGGGACUUGACUACCUUCACACGAAGUGCAAGAUCAUUCAUACGGACAUCAAGCCGGAGAACAUCCUACUGGUUUGUGACGACGUUUACAUCAGAAGAUUGGCGGCUGAGGCCACCAUCUGGCAGAGAGCUGGAGCCCCGCCCCCUUCAGGAUCAUCAGUUAGCACGGCUCCCAGGGAAGAAGAGAUGGGGAAGUUGUCGAAAAACAAGAAGAAAAAGUUGAAAAGAAAAGCAAAGCGUCAACAGAAGCUCUUAGAGGAAAGGCUUGUGGAUAUACAGAGGAUGGAUGAAGAGGAGGGUUUGCAGCAGCCUGAUGAUGCAGAAUCGACCUGCUCUGUGGUCAUCAACGGCAACAUUUUCUACUCCACAGCCAAUAACAAAGCCAGCCCAGAGUCCAGCAGUUCCUGGUUGGAUGACAGGUAUAAUGACCAUGCCCCCGGACGGUUCUCCAGCCCUGCCUCUGGCCUAUCAGGGUUCUCCAGCUCAGUGAUGUCAGCAACAUCUGAGUCGGCCCUUUCCACUCAGUCGGGAUACUCAAGUGGACGAGAUGGGUUCAGCUCCUCGGACUUCGUGCUCAACCCUCUGGAUUCUCGGAAUGCCAACCGGCUCCGAGUGAAGAUCGCUGAUCUGGGAAACGCUUGCUGGGUGCACAAACACUUCACAGAGGACAUCCAGACGAGGCAGUACCGAGCUCUGGAGGUUCUGAUCGGAGCAGAGUAUGGGCCGCCGGCAGACAUUUGGAGCACCGCUUGCAUGGCAUUUGAGCUGGCCACUGGAGACUAUCUGUUCGAGCCCCAUUCAGGAGAAGACUAUACCAGAGAUGAAGAUCACAUCGCUCACAUCAUCGAGCUGCUCGGACCCAUGCCUUUACCCUUCGCUCUGUCUGGCAGGUACUCCAGAGAAUACUUUAACAGGAGAGGUGAGCUGCGUCACAUCUCCAACCUGAAGCCGUGGGGUCUCUUUGAGGUCCUGCUGGAAAAGUAUGAAUGGCCACUGGAUCAGGCGGCACAGUUCAGCGACUUCCUGCUCACCAUGUUGGAAAUGGAGCCAGACCGCCGAGCAACGGCGGCGCAGUGCCUGCAGCACGCCUGGCUGCACACAUGAACAUUAAUCGUGCCCAUGUAUGGAGACAUGCACGCGCAUCUGUCUCACUGUGACUUAAUGACUGACGUAGUGUGGAGACACAUCAGCUGAUUGGUUGACUGAUGAACAUUUCUGCUCCACCUUCCCUCUGAAGCUGAUCCAACCAUCUCCAGACACACCAAGAUCAUUGCUCAGUGACAGGGUCAGACUAUUAGUCCCAGAUUAAAUGCGGAUGCAUCACCUGAAAAGGUGCACUCCUUCACAAAUCUGAGCUGACAGAUGAUUUCAGAAACCACUUUAUGUCUAAAAGCUGCAGUUUCAACCUAUUUCAUCAAACCUGUGUCUGCUAAAGGUGACUUCCUGUCUCUCUCCACUUGACUUCCUGUUCCUCUCUAAUGUUUCUCUGUCUGAGGUCUGAUUAGUUUAUUGAGUUGAUCUGUUUUAUGAAGCCAGUCCUCAGUUAAACAAACGUGGCUUUUCUGUUGCUUCAUUGAUCGAUCAUCUGUCGAUAGAUCAAUUAGUCCUUCAUCAACCUGGUCGGUCGACCAGUCGAUCUUCCUGUUGGUUGUUGAUCAAUCGAUCAGAUUAGUCGAUCAAUCACAGACCAGCUGAAAUCUCUGUCCUUGUUUCUUUUGGCUAAAAUUGUAUUUGUUAAUUUUUAUUGAUGUCACUUCCUGCUUAUUGCCCACUGAUCACUCUGAUGAGCUUCCACCUGCUUUAACCCGUUCUGAUGACAUUAGUGCCUUGAAACAGCCCCAUCCCCUGUGCAGCAGCGACACUAAUGAUGUCAGGAAGGUUUUUUUACAUGUGAUUGUGUUAAAGUAAAGAUGGAUGAAGCUCACCUGAGCAGGUGCACCUUUGUGAGUCAGAAUCAAAACCACCAGGUGGGUUUAUUGGGAAUAAAACUGAACGGUGUGAACUCACCUGAAGUUUGGAUCUGAUGGCUAAGCCCCGCUCCGCUGCAGGAAGAAAUGUUCCUCUCUUUGAGGGGUUCUCUGGGUUCUAAAAAGUUCAAAUCUGAUUGGUUUCUGCAGCUACUCAGUUUUGAUUUGGUCAUGAUUUAACAUGUUUCUGUGCUUUAAUUAAACAUUUUCUUAUCAGCUACAGUUAUUUGAACUCACAAUGGGACUACAUGAGCUGAGGUACAUCAGAGGAUGUGUAUGAGAAUAAAUUGAGUAAAGGUUU